AUGGCCCAACUAGGCAUAUCGCUCCCCUCCCGUCCAGCAUCCUCCCAUUCGCGCCCCAGCGUUCCCCCGCAUCGACAGAACCAUGACGACUUCAUGUCUACGAGUCCGAUCCCCUCAGAUUCCGAACUCGAUGAAGAUUCCCCACUUCCCUUCCCCGCCGCCCUCUCCAGGUCUGACUUCCUAGCCCCAGACUUCGACGCCGCAGAGUAUCUAUCAGCCCUCCAUACAGGUGGUCCAGCGUCACGGCAUCAAACGCUGGAAGACCUGCGUGCAGAACUACGAGAUCGAGGCGCCGCCAUCAACGCAGAAUUGAUCGAACUAGUCAACGCACACUAUGCAUCCUUCCUUGGGCUGGGCGAUGAGCUACAAGGCGGCGGGGAUAGAGUCGGCGAUGUGCGUGUGGCACUAAUGGGAUUUCGGCGUCAGCUGGAUGAGUUGCGAGCAAAGGUGCGGGAGAAGAGGGCGGAGGUUGGUCAGCUAACAACUCAGCUGCAAGGAGUUAGGAGUGCUGUAGAGAUGGGGAGAAAGAUGCUUGAGUUAGAUGAGCGAAUCUCCGCACUAGAGUCGAGGCUUUCAGUUGGGAGCGUUGGUAAGGGGAAGAGCCGGGUCGACGAACGAGAGGGAGAUGAUGACGAUGAAGGAGACGAUUGGGGGGAUAAUAUUGUGAGCAGCGAUGAGGGAGAAGAAGAGGAAGGUGAAGUGGAGUUUGUGUGCAGCAGUCCUGCGAAGCUGGCCAAUCUGGCGAAGGAGUGCCGAACGACUGAACGGAUUGCAAACUCACUCGGCCGAGAUCUUCCUUACGUGAGGAAGAUGGAGGAAAGAAUGAUGCGCUGUCGCAACACAAUCCUGCUUGAUCUGAGCACAGCGCUGAAGGAAGCCCGCAAAGCUGGGCCCAGGGGUCAAGGCCGGCUUUUGAAGUACCUGGCGAUAUACAGGCUUCUGGAUGCGCAAGCAGAUGCCGUUAGGGCCCUCAAAGAAAAGUGA